AUGAGUAGAAACCAAAUCAGUGGCUCCAUCCCUCAACAAAUAGGAUUGCUCAACUCUCUCAAUGAGAUUGGCUUGCAUACUAACAAUCUCAUGGGUUCAAUCCCUUUUUCAAUUGGAAACUUGGGCAACUUAACCACUCUGCACCUUUAUGACAACCAACUUUCCGGAUCAAUCCCUCAAGAUAUUGAGAUGCUGAGGUCUCUCGUUGAUCUCGAACUCUCAAGGAACAAUCUCACAGGUUCAAUCCCUACAUCUAUAGGGAACUUGGGCAACUUAACCACUCUGUACCUUUAUGAAAACCAACUUUCCGGAUCAAUCCCUCAAGAAGUUGGGAUGCUGAGGUCUCUCGUUGAUCUCGAACUCUCAAUGAACAAUCUCACAGGUUCAAUUCCUGCUUCUAUAGGAAAUUUAGGCAUGUUAACCUUUUUGUACCUUCAUAAAAAUAUGCUUUCAGGAUUCAUUCCUUCGACAAUUGGAAACUUGACAAAGUUGACGGAUUUAGACUUAAGUCUAAAUCUAUUAUCAGGCUCCAUUCCUUCAGAGAUAGGAAAUUUAAAACAACUUGGCUAUUUGAUACUCAUUGAUAACCAACUCACUGGAUCUAUUCCUCAAAGAUUGAACAAUCUUACACAUUUGAAAUGGUUUCUUAUAGCUUACAACAAGCUCGUUGGUCAUUUACCAGAAAACCUAUGCUUUAUUGGAUUACUUACAGAAUUAGGUGUAGCUGACAACAAUCUCACAGGUCCUAUCCCAAAAAGCUUGAAAAAUUGCCAUAGCCUAUAUAGAGUCAGGCUUGAAGGAAACCAACUGCUAGGCAAUAUAUCAGAAGAUUUUGGCAUAUACCCAAACUUGGAUUACAUUGAUUUGAGUCGCAACAAUUUUUAUGGUGAGAUAUCUAAAAACUGGGGAAAAUGCCACAAUUUAACUAGUCUCAAAAUGUCAAACAAUAAAAUUUCUGGUAAGAUACCAUCUGAAUUAGUAGAGGCAACUCAGCUAUCCGUUCUUGAUCUUUCUUCAAAUCAUCUAGUUGGAGAGAUCCCAUUGAAAUUGGGAAGGUUGGUUUCACUAUUCAACCUUAAGCUGGAUAAUAACUAUCUAUUGGGCAAUAUUCCUCCAGAAUUCAGUAAGUUGUCCAAUUUAGAGAACCUUAACUUGGCAGCAAAUCAUCUCAGUGGCUCAAUCCCUAGAGCACUAGGAGAGUGCAAGAAACUUUGGAACUUGAAUUUGAGCAAUAAUAAAUUUGGGGAAAGCAUUCCUACUGAAAUAGGCCAGAUCAACACUCUUCAAAGUCUUGAUCUUGGUAAUAACUUGUUAAUUGAUAAGAUACCACAACAGAUUGGAGAAUUACGAAGCUUAGAAAGGUUGAAUCUCUCCCACAAUGAGUUCUUUGGUUCUAUACCAUCAUCUUUCAAUAGAAUGGUAAGUCUUACUUCCAUUGAUGUGUCAUACAAUCAGUUAGAGGGUCCUCUUCCUGACAUCAAGGCCUUCCAAGAGGCUCCAUUCGAGGCAAUCAAAGGUAAUAAAGGUUUAUGUGGUAAUGCUACUGGUCUUAAGGCUUGCUUGACAAAAUUGAACACUGGGGGUGUUGAAAAAAAGGGCAAGAAAGUUAUGUUACUAAUUGUACUUCUUGUUUUUGGAAUUUUGUUUCUUUCGCUAAUGGUUCUUGGCAUUUUCAUGGCUUUGCGUAAGAAAGUGAGGAACACAAAAAACGAGCCAUCACGAGUAAAUCAUGAUAAUGUUUUUGCAAUAUGGAGCUAUGAUGGAAAAAUGGUCUAUGAAAACAUCAUCAAAGUCACUGAGAACUUCAGUGCCAAAUAUUGUGUUGGAGAGGGAGGAUAUGGUACCGUUUAUAAAGCUGACCUACCAAAUGGGCAAGUCGUUGCUGUGAAGAAACUUCAUGCAACACUUGAUGAUGACUCCGCUAAUCUAAAAGGGUUUACAAGUGAGAUCCGCGCAUUAACUGAGAUUCGGCAUCACAACAUUGUAAAGCUGUACGGUUAUUGUUCACACCCAAGGCAUUCAUUUUUGGUUUAUGAGUUCUUGGAAGGGGGAAGCUUGGGAAAGGUGCUGAGUACGGAUGAUGAUAUAGUAGUCUUUGAUUGGAUUAAGAGAGUGAACACUCUUAAAGGUGUGGCAAAUGCUCUGUCUUAUAUGCACCAUGAUUGUUUUCAACCAAUCAUCCAUCGAGACAUAUCAAGCACGAAUGUUUUGUUUGAUUUAGAGUAUGACGCUCACAUCUCUGAUUUUGGCACAGCUAGAUUUAUGAAUCUCAACUCAUCCAAUUGGACUACAUUUGCUGGGACCUUUGGUUAUGCUGCUCCUGAACUUGCUUAUACAAUGGAAGUAAAUGAGAAGUGCGAUGUUUAUAGUUUUGGGGUGCUGGCACUAGAAGUGAUUAUGGGGAAGCAUCCCGGUGAUCUAAUCUCCUCUUUAUUGUCAUCCACGUCCUCAUCAUCAACAUCAACUGCGCAAAGGAUAUUUUUGAAGGACGUCUUAGACCAACGCCUCCUACCUCCGAGGAAUCAAGUGGCAGAGCAAGUAGUUGUUGUUGCGAAACUAGCAUUUGCAUGUUUACACACCACUCCACUAUCUCGGCCAACCAUGCAACAAGUUGCUUCGAUACUAUCAAAGCAAAGGCCAACACUGCAAAAUCAAUUCUACACGAUUACAUUAGGACAACUCUUUGACAUCAACUGCUCAAGCUCUUGAGUAGCUGGUGAACAAGAUUUUCCAUGGGAACUUGGCUCCACUGUUAUUGGACAUCUACGACUUUAGUCCUGAGUUCCAAAAGCCAAGAGAACCAAGCUCAUUGUAUGGCUUCUUUUUCGAGAAAUGCAAGGAUUCAACUUAGUCUUCAUUGGUCAUCUCAACCAUAAUCAUCUAAGUUUUGGGUGGGUUGGUUUGUCCUGUUUUACGUGUUUUGUUUUGAUUUUGCUUCUAGCAAGGUAGUGGUGUGGUGUGUUGCUUUUACUUUGGUGGAUUGGGAGUUUGGUGAACUUAGUUUUUUAGGAUUCUCUCGUACAAUAGACUUAGGUGGUGUUUUUCUUUCGAUCUCUCUAUUCCUAUGGUUCACUUGUAAUUGCUUUGUAUAAGAAAUGAAUUAAUGAAUCACACCUUAUGAUAUUUAACAAGCAUUCAAGCUUGGAACCAAUUUGCAUAGCAUGGAUAAUUCCUUGAUCAUUUUAUAAAC